AUGGAAAAGUUCAAUCAAACUACAGUGAAAUAUUUCAUUAUUACAGGCAUUUCUGAGUCUCCGAUAUUACAGGCUCCGAUCUUUCUUCUGGUCUUGCUCCUUUAUCUCGUCACUCUUGGAGGCAACAUGAUAAUUGUCCUUUUGAUCUGCCUAGACCAUCAUCUACACACUCCUAUGUACUACUUUUUGUGUAACUUAUCAGUAUUGGACUUUUGUUGCUCUACUGUUACUCUUCAUAGAAUUUUAUCCACCUUUGUGACAGGUGAAAGGGCUAUUUCAUAUUUGACUUGCAUAGCACAUAUGUAUUUUUUUGGAAGCUUUAUUUGUGAUGAGCUGCUGUUUCUAACAGCCAUGAGCUAUGACCGAUAUGUGGCCAUUUGUAAUCCACUGAGGUAUACACAGGUAAUGAACGGGGGAGUUUGUUUGCUGUUGUCCAUUGUCUGUUGGAUUUUGGGUUUCCUAGAAAUGAUCCCAUUUAUUGUCCUAAUCUCAAGAUUCACCUGUUACAAAUCAAACAUAAUAAACCAUUUCUUCUGUGACACUGUAGAAGUCUUCAAACUCUCCUGUAGUGACACUUCCAUUUUCAAUAUUGUACUUGUUACGGAAGGGUUGAUACUUUUGUGCCUCCUCCCUUUCCUUCUGAAAUGUAUAUCUUAUGUUUUCAUCAUAAGUACAAUCAUGAAGAUCCGCUCCAAUUUUGGCAGGCGUAAAGCCUUCUACACAUGUUCUUCACAUAUCACAGUGGUCAUCCUACUCUAUGCAACCCUAUGUUACCAAUACCAAAGACCUUCAACCACAGAUGGUUUAGACUACAACAAAUUAUUUUCUUUAUUCAAUACAGCUGCUCUACCCAUAUUAAACCCCAUGAUUUACAGUUUCAAAAAUAAAGAUGUAAAGUCUGCAUUCAGAAGGCAGUGCAAAUAUUUAAUCACUCAUGCUGCAUGCAACUGGCAUCUUAGUUUUAAAGUAUAA